AUGAAUGAAGAUCUUCUUGAUGGAAUUUCUGCAACCAUGGUCACUUCCGACUCAGUUCAACUGACAUGGAACGUAGUGGGAACGGCAACGUCUUACGAAAUUUCAUUCAUAAGUCAGGAUACGACGACUGCAGAACUUAACACGUCUAUCUCGGCGGGUCAGUCUAUGGCCUUUGUUCAGAAUCUACAACCUCAGACGCUGUACACCUUCUCUAUUGUUGCUGUCAUUGGGACAACACGAAAUAAUGUUGGUAGUGUGACUACUGCCACAGAAAACGCAAAUGAACCACCCGUCUUGAGCAACUGCCCAAAUGACACAACCGCCGUACUGCCAGAUACAUCAUCGUUCGUGUCUGUGACGUGGACACCACCAACUGCAACAGAUGAUGAUGGGACGCCAACAGUGUCUUCAACUCAUCAACAAGGCAGUUUGUUUGAAUAUGGGCUAACAUAUGUUACAUACACAGCUGUGGAUACUGAGGCUCUCACUGCCAAUUGCUCGUUCACUGUCAAUGUGACAGAUACAACACUUCCGGUUAUCAACAAUUGCCCAGGAAAAGUACCUGCCCUGUUAAUACCAGGUGACAGUUUGGUUGAGGUGUUGUGGACUGUGCCAACGGAAGGAGACAAUUCAGGAUUCGUCACUUUGAUGUCAACACACAGCCCUGGUGCAGCAUUUCCUCUCGGAGACACACCAGUUACCUACACCGCUGUGGACGCAGCAGGGAAUACCAUGGCAUGCAUCUUCAACGUAUCGGUAACCCCAGAUCCUAGCAAUCAGCCGCCAGUUCUGUCCGAUUGUCCGAUGAACUUGGUAGUAGCUCUGCCUGCUGCCUCGCCCACUGUGAAUGCAUCAUGGACCCCACCCAAUGCUACGGACGACAAUGAUAUCUCGCAGGUGUCUUCGACGCACCAACCAGGAAGUGCAUUCGAGUUCGGAUCAACAGCAGUCACCUACACUGCAACAGACUCCGAGAACCUUACGGAUACAUGCACUUUCACUGUAAUGGUUGGAGAUAACACUAAUCCAGUGCUAGCUGACUGUCCAGUAGUAGAAAGUCCUGUAGCCCAAGAAGGGGAGACAUCGGCUCGUGCAUUCUGGAGUCCGCCGACAGCCACUGAUAAUUCUGGCAUGGUGACCGUCAGCUCAAACUCUACUCCAGGAGACAGCUUCCCUAUUGGAUCUACUAUUGUUGAGUACACGGCUACCGAUGCAGCUGGCAACAACGUAUCGUGUAAUUUCACAAUCGUUGUUAGAGCAUAUCCAGAUGAUCCUAUUCGUCUUGUGGAUUGUCCACUUGGAGUGAAUGCCACCUUACCAAUGUCCUCAAGUCAGGUAGCAGUGUCCUGGACACCACCUUCUGUAGCAGGUGGCAAUGGACAGACAUCACUGACAUCUGACGCCCAACCAAAUGAUCCCUUCCGCUAUGGUGAAACUCGCGUCACGUACACGGCUAUAGAUUCGGAUAGUUUCACAUCAAGUUGUUCUUUCAUAGUAGAUGUAACAGAUGCCACUGACCCGAUGAUAAGUGGAUGUCCACCUCAGGUUACUGGAGAGAUUCCGCAAGGGAGUAUCAAUGUGUCUAUCCCUUGGGUGCCCCCAACGGCAGCAGACAACUCUGGAUCAGUGACGUUGACGUCUACAAGACUUCCGAACGACGUGUUCUCUGUAGGGACUUUUGAAGUAAUUUACACUGUAACUGACGAAGCAGGGAAUUCUGCUGACUGCAUAUUCCAGGUUGUUGUCACCCAAGCACCAGGCGGCACACCUACUUCGAUGUUCACCAGUUGUCCGUCUAAUGUGACCGGAACAUUACCAUCAACCUCACCUCAGGUGGCAGUCGCCUGGGAUGUUCCCAUGGUCAAUGGCACGGCAGCGGUCAGUUCUGACCAUCAGUCAGGGGACAUGUUUGGGUUUGGCCAAACAACAGUCACCUACGAGGCUCGAGACUCGGGUGUACUCGUGGAUACAUGUUCCUUUGUAGUUCAAAUCACAGACAUGGUCCCACCGACAAUCACGGGGUGUCCUGACAGCGCCAUCGGGGUGGUUCCUCAAGGCAGUACCAAUAUAAGUGUCUACUGGAUUUCACCCAAGACCGAAGAUAACUCUGGACUGGUAAGCUUGUCAUCGGACAGGGAUCCUGGCGAUAUCUUUCCCGUCGGGUCGUUUCCUGUGGUAUAUACCUCCAGAGAUAUGGCCGGCAACUCUGUUUCCUCGUGCCGUUUCCUUGUAAACGUGACUAUGUCGACAGGGGAAAUCAAUGCAGGACCUGUACUGAUGAACUGCCCAUCUGAUAUGAGCAUAAACUUGCCAGUCACUUCGUCUGAGGUAGCCGUGUCUUGGACUCCACCUACUGCAGACGAUGACGCGAGCACCCCAAUUGUGACGUCGGAUAUACAGCCAGGCAGUAUGUUCGGAUAUGGCUCGACUCUGGUGACGUACACUGCUAUAGACUCCCAGGGAGUUGAAGAUACCUGUUCCUUUACUGUCCAAGUGCGGGAUCAGACCACCCCUUUCAUCAUGGAUUGCCCUUCAAGUGCUAAUGGGGUUCUUCCACUGGUAAGCUCUUCCGAUGUUCCAGUAUUCUGGACACCGCCGACUCACACAGACAAUUCUGGAAUGUCAACUUUGAGGUCGACUCAUAUACCAGGCUCGUUAUUUCGCGAAGGCACCACUGAGGUUCUCUACACAGCUGUAGACGUUGCCGGUAAUUCAGACGAGUGUCGAUUUACUGUCACCGUGACGUCACCAGGAGUCGUAAAUCCACCUCCGGUAAUCUUGAAUUGCCCUUCGCGUAGACUUGGCGUGUUGUCAGAUUCAAGCAGUGUGGCUGUAUCCUGGACUGAGCCGACUGCUACGGACGACACAGGAACGCCAACACUGACUUCAAACGUAAGUCCUGGUAGUGACUUCCGGUUUGGCAUUGUGACAGUAACCUACACAGCAGAGGAUGACGGGGGAGCUAUAGCUACUUGCUCAUUUAAUGUUCAAGUAAAAGACGUGACAGCUCCAGCCAUCACAGGUUGUCCGGCCAGUGCGUCAGCAACUCUGCUCCCUGGAUCCACCUCUGUCAGUGUGACAUGGACCCCACCAACUCAGACGGACAACUCGGAUGUUUCCUCUUUAACUUCUACGCACGAACCAGGCUCCAUGUUUUCUGCUGGUGAUACCGAAGUCACCUACACUGCGAUUGAUGCUGCAGGAAACACGAAUCAGUGUUCACUUGUCGUUACAGUCAUUUUGCUCUCAGAUGUACGCUGCGUGACUCCUGCUGUCUCUACAAACCUGAACAGUGUUGGAGACCAGUGUAGCCAACCGGUGGAGAUUACAGUCAACGCCCAGUGUAAUUACCAAUGUAAUUCUGGAUACAGCAUCGUAGGGGAUGCGACUCUAUCAUGUGGAAUGGACGGCAGACUAGUCGGGACUUUCCCAACAUGCCAAGAUACAAAUGAGUGCAGUGCCAGUAACACACCUUGUGUCGAUCCGAACAGUUUCUGUUUAAACACCAUAGGAUCGUUUACGUGCCAAUGUAGCGAUGGUUAUCAGAGUUCUAUGGACGGAAGCUGUCAGAGAAUUCAGGAUGAAAGCUGCUCCACCAUUUCUUGUCAGAAUUCUGGUACCUGCAUGGAAGGUACCAACGGCCCAGUCUGCCAGUGUGGUGAUACAUCAACUGGCCCUCUGUGCCAGAUAGAUUUGACGUGUGGGGCAACCACCUGUCAUUCUUCGCAGGUAUGCCUAAAUGGACAAUGUAUAUGCCCUGAAGAAACUCGCCUGGUCCAGGACCAAUGUCAAGAUGAAUGUUCGGUCUCAUGUAACCAGUUUACAGAAAGAUGUGUUCAGACAUUGAGUGGUUUAACGUGUUUAUGCCGACCGAACAGGGAUCGUAGCUUCUGGACGAAUGCAUGCAUUGAAAGACUGCAAAUAUUCAUCAUUAGUUUUGCAAUAAAUCGAAUCGGGUUACAGCUCGUGGACUUCAACGAUAAUUAUACAAACCCACAAAGCGAGGAAUACAUGACGGCAGCUUCUGCGGUACAAAAUCUUUUGCCACGAAUAUUAGUCUCGCAAGGAGUUCGGGGUAUCAUCAACGUCGGGGUAGUCCGUUUCUUCCAAGGUAGUUUGAUGACUGAGGUCAGUAUUCCUGUCGGUGCCGAUUUCGUGGGCGAUGCCUCUACCAUCAGCGACGCCAUUACUGCCUACCUCAACAGCAAUGACAAUACCGUAAGCGAUGGAACACACCAACUUGAAAUACAGCCUCAAGUACAGGCACAGGAAAUCACAAUUACCAAUGAAUGUGCCGAUGUCGCCACCAACGACUGUUCGAGUAAUAGCACCUGCAUCAAUGACGUAUCGGGAGUUGGAUACACCUGUCAAUGUCUCCAAGGGUUUGUGGAUCUAUAUCCCACCGUCCUUCCAGGACGGCACUGUGUUCUUGUUGCAACCGAUAUCAAUGAGUGUCUUACAAGCACAACCUGUAGUGACGAGAACAGCUUCUGUCUGAACACCGUCGGUUCAUUCAUGUGUGUUUGUGACAAUGGAUAUGAAAUGGCUGCCAAUGGUGUCUGUCAGGUGCAAGUUGCGCAAUGUUCGAGCACAUCAUGCCGGAAUUCAGGUACCUGUUCAGUUAGUACCCUAGAACCUGUUUGUACCUGUUCAUCUUCUUUUGCCGGGGCUGCUUGUGAAAUAGAUCUUCGCUGUGGAAAUGGUAACUGCCAUAUAUCUCAGGUAUGUUCUAACGGUCUGUGUACAUGCCCAGAAGGAACCGAAGCAUCCCUUGGUAUAUGUACAAAUCAAUGUUCCUCUUCAUGUGACCUCCAGCGUGAGAUAUGCAUGCAGACAUCCAGCGGUAGCUAUACAUGUGAAUGCAGACAAGACAGAGACCGGAGCUUCUGGACAAGGCAAUGUGUAACAAGAGUUCGCGAGUUUUUCAUCAGAUUCAUUGUUGCAGAAAUCGGAAUCUUAGCAGUAGACUAUGGUGAUCAAUAUGCAAAUGAGCAAAGCCAGGAAUAUCAAGAUGCAACUGGGGCUAUGCAAAAUCUGCUUCCUCGGAUCUUACUUGCCCAAGGGGUUCAAGGAAUCAUCAACGUAGGCGUCCUGGGUUUCUUCCCCGGUAGUCUGGGCGUGGAUUGUAGGAUACCCGUCAGUGUUGACUUCACCGGUGAUGAAAACACAAUCUUAGAUGCCAUCAUAUCUUACCUUCGAAACAAUGGUAACACUCUCAGUGACGGCACUUUCCGACUUGAGAUACCGGGCGAUUUAGUCACAACAAGAGAUGCUGUUACAACCACAGUUUCGCCAGUUCAAACGGGUGGAGUCGUUUCUGACGGAGAGGUAAACAUUGGUUUGAUCGUGGGUGUCAUUGGAGGUGUUCUGCUUCUCAUAUGCAUCCUGUCAAUCGGUUUCUGUCUUAUGUUUACACGAACCCGCCAACUGAAUCAACUGAGACGAAAAGGGGCGGUCCAGUCUGAAGAAUACGGAACAGAUGACUUGAUAUACCGACUAGCUGCUUCCAUCCCUAAUGUGUACUUUCAAAGUCCAGGGCCUGUAGAGCAAGCACCAUCCCCACCCUCCCCUCCUCAAGAACAUACCCCUCCUACACCUCAGAAGGAAAAACGCAAGCAUCGCAGGAGAAAGGGCCCCUUCUUUUAUCACCCUGCUUAAACGUGGAACACCCAUGACCGUGAAAUCUUCAUCAUGGCUCAAGCAUGUCAAGUAGUGCCAUUUGGGAAUAGGCUAUUGAAGAGAUGAUAAUACCAAUUUUUAUAGCACACAUUCAAGACCACAUUCUCAUCAACUGUCUGGACAUCGAAGAAAUUAAUUAUUUAUAAAUGCAUAUAAGAUUAUUUUACUCAGUUUUCUUCAAGUGUUGGUACAGUUAAGGACGAGUCUUUAUCGAUAUUUUAAAAUCCUGAUUAAAAUAAAUUAUGUACAUUCAUUCAUACAAAAUUUAACUUGUCUUCAAAUAUUUUUCUCAGGAUUACGAAGAUAUAAAACAAUAUAUUGCUGUUCGUUCUUGUUUACAUAUUAUGCAAAUAAUGUAAGGAGUAGUUAUAUAAAAACAUUGCUGUAUGGGUUUAUACAUGAUAAAGAUAUGUACGUAUGGUAAAAAAAAAGUUCAUUUAUAGAAGUAAACGUACGAAGAGGUCAAAAUAUUUGAACAAAGUAUCAAAUUUAUUUGAUCAGUACAGAUCAUAAAUAAGAACAAUAAACCUAGCCUAGAAUAAACAGAAUCGAAUUAGACAAUAAACCUGAUAAAUAAGAGAGAACCCCCAUAAAUUAUCACGCCAGAAUGAUCAAAAUAACACAUGGAGGGGGGGGGGGGCUAACACUAGAUUAUUUUGGUAACAAAGGAAGAAAAUGUAUGAUUUAAGAAAUAUUUUAUGCAUGGGAAAAAAAUAUAUUCACUGUUUGUAGAUAUUCCGUAGUAUCAGUAAAAUCAACAAAUUUGACAUAACAUUUUACAUCAUAUAAUGGCCAUCUAUGGAUUGAUAACCUCAAUUUACUUUUGACAAAUGUGUAACAAUGUACAAAAGAAGUUUCAUUUUUUUUUUCUGUCAGAAUGAAACUGAAAUGUGUACUGAUUUCAUAAGCUGUGUUAGAAAAGUUAUUUUGCCUGCAACAAUAAAUGUGAACUUAAUAUGACUAUUAUGUUUCUUACGGCGUUUAAAAGCAGAUGCAAUAUGUGUGUAAGAAUACUUUUGUCUCGGGGAGGGCCCACCAGGCCUAGGAUCCAAUACAAGGGCGGAUCCAUAAUUUUCCAAAGGGGCCGGGGGGGGGGGGGCAUUUUUGUACAGGAAAAAAUUACAAGCAAAAAAACAAAACAAACAAACCUAACAAACGAAGGUUUCACUACCAGAUCGAGGUCAUUUUGUUGCUGGGCCCCUUUGAUUUGAAAAAUAAAGCGUUUUCACUACCAACAUGAACCAGCGUUUUGUUCCAGGAAAACUUUGACAAGCAAAAAAAAGGUCCUCACUUGCGCAUGCCAUGAGAGAUUCCCCUAAAAAUAUUCUUGUCACUCUAAAAAACGGGGGGGGGGGGGGCACUUCCCGGAUGCGCCCCUAUAUGGAUCCACCACUGUUCCAACUUUUAGACCGUGUGUUUCGUACCUUUGUUUAUGAGUUAGUGCACUGUUAGCGCUAACAACGUUUCUGUGCGGUCAGUACAGGUCUUUAGUGUAAACUGAACUUGGGAGUAUUCGCAACCACUACGCUGACGAUUAUGGAACCGAGUGAAUCUAUUGUCAAAAGCCAAUCAUGACAAAAAAGCAGUCUUCGCCGUGAAUAAAAGAAAAAGAACGCAGUAUCGUCCGUAAAUCUUACCUGGACAGACGGCAUAUUUGCAAUAUUGUGUCAGCUCCGAUUCUCAGGACGAUCUGCUGUCCCGGUUCACAAAUUUUUGACAAAGGCCUCAAGACUGUUCAUUAUGAUUUGACGGGCACUUUCUAUGCAUUUACUAUAUUCUAGAAUCCGACCCUUUUGCAAUCGCGAAAACCCGCCAUAUAGACUCUAGAAAACACCGCGGUGCACCGCAGUCAUUUCAAUAUGGUAGAAGUCAACAAUGGGGAAUGUUAAAAAUCGAAAGCAAGGCUUUGUAAGAUUAGGGUGAAGAUAAAUUAUUUACAUGUAGACAAAUGCUUUCCUCGGCCUCAUGGCAACAACCCUUUUUGUCUGCACGCUGCGCCCUGUUGUAGAUGAGUUCAGGUCUGUACCAGAUUUUAUAUCGCAUGUAAAAUGGGUGUGUUUCUGGGGUGUGUUUACACACAACCCCGUGAAUCAUCCAACAAGCGCAAGAUCCUUUUCUUUAUGUUUAUACAGAGAAUCUAAUUAAAGCUCAUGUUGGCUGAUUCGAGAAGUUCUUGUGAUUCUACAUACACGUUCUACCUCGAAAGGAUAGCUGGCGGACGGAAAAUUUCCCAGGCUCGUAUCUGCCGACAUACGCUCUGUUUAUAAGGAAAUACAUUCGCAUUCCCGCAGAUUCGCCGGAGUAAACUCGAAUAUAUGGAUUCUCUUGUAUAAACGCACAAAUGUAUAAGAUUGUACCACAUUUAGGCAUAUAAUGUCUACAGUUCGUAAUGAUCGAAACAGAUUUCAAGACAGAAUAUGCAUCGGAAGUGCAACGGUUUACUUUUAUAUGAAAUGUAUUAUACAGCUAAUUGUAAAUUAUCUUUACCAACAUAGAACUAAAUAUCAAAAUGAAGCAAAUGUACAUGCAUGAAUGAUGUCACGUUCGAAGUAAGUUCAUGACAUUCAAUAUUGAAAAAUAAAGGUCAACCACAUAAU